AUGGGGUCGGUUGAGCAAAGAAAGCCGUUCGAGAAGAUCAUCAUCGUCGGAGCCGGUCCAGCAGGGCUGCUCCUGGCCCUUUUACUCUCACAACACAACAUCCCCUCGCUCGUGUUGGAGUCAUGGGACAGACUGGACGAACGCCUCCGAGCAACCCAGUAUGGCGUGCCGGCGACAAGGAUAUUCCGUAAGGCAGGACUCUUGGACGACUUUCGCGAAGCGAGCAUCACCAGUUUCCCGAGCAUAUGCUGGCGCCGAGUCAGUGAUCAUCAACGACUGGCGGGCAUCGAUCUCUCUGUUGUCAGAGACCAUCCAGAUCGCAUGACGAUCCUCCCGUUGAACGAGAUGAUCAAGAUCAUGUACAAGCAUUGUCUGGAAAAUGGCAACGGGCUGAUCGACAUCAGAUUCAACCACAAGGUUGUUGGGACGGGGCAGGACGAAAACUCUGCUUGGGUGGACGUUGAAGCUGGAGCUGAAGGGGAGGUCAAUGAGAAGAAGCGUUUCAGCGCGGACUAUGUCGUGGGAUGCGACGGAGGUUCCAGCACGGUCAGGAAAUCAUUGUUUGGACGUGAAUGGCCGGGCCAAACCUUUGAUUUUCGCCUGUUGGUUCAAAAUGUCUGGUACGACGGGUUCGAAAAGCACGGCUGGGAUGGCGGGAACUAUAUGAUCGACCGCGACUACUGGGGGCUCAUCGCGAAACGAGGCAAAGGUGGCCUCUGGCGCGUCACAUACGGAGACAACCUACCGGGUCUCACAGACGACGAAUACCUAGCACGACGGGAUACUGCUUUCAAGAAACUCCUCCCUGGCCAUCCCGAUCCAGGACAAUACAAGAUCACACAGACCGACCAAUUCCGCAUCCAUAACCGGUGCGUCGAGAAGAUGAGGGUAGGACGGAUUCUGCUGGCUGCUGACGCUGCACACGUCUGCAACCCCUUUGGUGGCUAUGGCUGCAUGACGGCGGUCUUGGAUGUUGGUGGGCUUGCGGACUGCCUGAUCGGCUUCUAUGAGGGCAAGGCAGACGAGAGCAUCCUCGACCUGUACGCCGACAUCCGCCGUGAGAAGUUCCUGAAAUAUGUGGAUGCGAGGUCGAUGAAGAACUUGAACAGAAUCAUGAAUACUGACCCAGACACUGCACUGGAAACCGACCCUUUUCUUCGGCUGCUCAAGGGGUUGGAGGGGAAUGCCGAAGCAACGAGAGCGUUCUUGUUGAAAUACUCCAGCAUCGAGUACGACUUCACGCAACACUACAAACAACCAUGA